AUGGUGAAAAUGAAACGUGAACUGUCACACAAUGCGUCCCUCCCAUUAGUGAUCAUCAGCGACUACGGUACUCUGAAAGAAACGUUUGUCAAAGAUGGUGAUGCGUUUGCUGGGAAAUUUCAGGUGCAAGAAUUUUCAAAUGUUUUCAGAGGUGGCGUUUACGGUAUUGUGGAUACGGUUGGUGAAAUGUGGCGCGAUCAUAGACGAUUUGCUUUACAUAUUCUUAGAGAUUUUGGACUCGGCAAGGAUGGGAUGGAACAGAGGAUUCUUCUGGAAAUGGAAGCGAUGACGGAGACAUUGAACGACCAUCAUGGAGUUGAAUUGAAUUUACAGGAUGUAUUUGAUGUGGCGGUAGGAUCAGUGAUCAAUCAACUUUUGUUUGGUUAUCGGUUCGAUGAGGAACACAUUGACGAAUUCCGCCAAAUGAAAACUCUGAUCUCCCGACAAAUGCGCAUUUUCGCAGGACCGGGGGCUACGAUGCUGUUCGUUAAUCCAUGGGCUCCUCCAUCGGAUUAA